GCUCCGGGCAUCCCAUCCCAUCCCACUUACCCGUCCGCCUCACAUUGCCAUCGCCUUUGCCUGCCUGCAGACAAAUCCCUUCCUCUGACCGGCAUUCGGCUUCGCAACGUCCGCUGCUGACUGGCAACUCUUGCUCUGACUUUGUUCCAGACCCCUCCAGAUCGCCAUCCGUCCCCCGAUUCGGUCUCGCUGGCCUGACGGAAGACGAUCGAGCAGAAAGCCAACGAAAAAAAAAAACCUCCAAAAGCAUACCUAGCUUCGAAAAAAGAGACAGCUUCAAGCUAAGCCAAGUCUCUCUCUCUCCCACCACCAACGACUCCUCCCCACUUCGUCCCCUCCCCCCUAAUCGCGACGAACUUAUCGACGACACACAUCGUAUCCACCGACGAAACGAGACACCAACUCGGAGACGACAGCAACCAUCGCAGCAACCAUCGCCACAUCACACAUACCUCCCUACCUGCCAAUUGCUUCAACCCCAAACCGAGCCUCGCCCACAGUCAAUCCCUCCGUUUUGACAUCCCCGAACUCUCUGAUCCAUCAGCCACAAUGGCUCUCCUCGACGCUGCCGCGCCGCCGGCAGGGGGGCCGACACUAUUCGGCAUGUCCAUGAAGCAGGUUUCCCUCAUCACGCUGACGUUCCAAAACUCGGCCUUGAUUCUGAUCAUGCACUACUCCCGUAUUAUGCCUCCCGUGGGCGACCACCGAUAUUUCACAUCCACCGCUGUUUUCCUCAAUGAGGUCAUCAAGCUGUCUAUCUGCUCGACCUGCUCCAUUGCCGAGGUCUCGCGGACACUGGCCCCAUCCACCCCGGCCACCGUCAUAUUCGAACAGAUCUUCAACUCGGUCUUCUCCGGCGACGGCUGGAAGCUCGCCAUUCCCGCGACACUAUACACCCUGCAGAACACCCUGCAGUACGUUGCUGUCGGCAAUUUGGACGCAGUCCACUUUCAGGUGCUCUACCAGCUCAAGAUUCUCACGACGGCCGUCUUCUCUGUCACAAUGCUUCGCCGCGCCCUUGGCUUGAAGCGCUGGGUUUCGCUCAUCAUACUGACCCUGGGAGUCUCUAUCGUCUCGCUUCCCCAACCCUCGUCCGCGAAUCACGCAGAAUCUUCCUCAGCCAGCAUCCUCCUGCACGACACCUCGGACCAUUUCUUCCCUCGUUCCGUGCACGAGCUAGGUCAAGCUGCCGAGGGCGCUGCCGAGGUGGCCCGUGAGCUCACUAAGCGCGCCGCUGAUGGUCUUGCGGGCGUUGGCGGAGAGAUCGUGAAGCGGUCGGCCUCGUAUCAGGGUAUCCAAGAGGACCAGGACCCAUCGCCGCUCAUGAACUACUCCAUCGGGUUGUCCGCCGUCCUUGUCGCCGCCGUCGCCUCGGGCCUUGCCGGUGUCUACUUUGAGAAGAUGCUCAAGGACUCGGCUACCCCUGCCUCCGUCUGGACCCGCAACAUCCAGCUAUCCUUCUAUUCCCUGUUCCCCGCCCUCGCUGGCGUCAUCUUCAUUGACGGCGAGGACAUUGCCAAGCACGGCUUCUUCGAGGGUUACAAUUGGGUUGUGUGGACUGCCAUUGUCUUCCAAGCUGUCGGCGGUGUCCUGGCCUCGCUAUGCAUCAAUUACGCCGACAACAUUGCCAAGAACUUCGCAGCUAGCAUCAGUAUUGUUAUCAGCUUUCUGUUCAGUGUAUGGUUCUUCAACUUUGAAGUCAACUUCAGCUUCAUCAUCGGCACUGCACUCGUCCUGGCCUCGACUUAUCUCUAUAGCAUUCCCGAUCGCAAGGGCCGCCCGCCCCCGAUCACCAUUGCGAGCUACGAGAAGGCCAUGGUUGACCCUGCUUACACGCCAGCGGUCACGGACGAGGCCAAGCUCAACCUAGACCCGCUCGACGCGGUUCGCGGCAUGGGAUUGUCGACGUCUAGGCCAUCGUCGCCCAUGCUGCAUCACCACCGUGCGCCCUCGGCAAGGGGAAAGAACCGCGACGACUAAUUUGGACGGCAUCGUCGCUUCCAGAAGUGGACUUUGGAAACGUUUUGUUUUAUGACAAGUGUUCGGGGUGGUGCUGUCGAGAUGGGUAGGAACAGGCAACGAUCACGAGCAAAAAAAGUUGGAUAAAAGGAUGGGAAGGGGUAGGGUUUUGUUUUUUUCCCUGCUUUGCAAACUUCCUGGUGGCAUACUAUGGAUUAUUUGGACAGACAUUGGAUUAGAGUCCGGUUUGCACGCAGACACCACGCAGACACCACACCAGACCGCAGUGUCAUCAACAGCGAUACCCGGCCAAGCCGCAAGGCAGAGGCAUCGGUGCAUUGUACAUUUAUUUUGACGAGCUCCUAUUAGGGAGCGAGGAGAACAGAAGUAAUGACAGCGAAGGUGGGCCCGUGAUAAUUUUUACAACCGUUUAGCAGACAAUAGCUAAUAAUGUGUGGCUGUAAAUUUUCUCCUACCUUCCCAACAUCCUGCCGCUGCCUGCAAAUCUCGAAUCGCAAACAAACUUCACAAUCCUCCACCUGGGUCUCUCAUCCUCUCUCUAGCCCUAUCCUCCCCUCCAACAACCCUCCGCGAGAGUUUUUCCAACACUCUUUCUAAUCCGGGUGACGACAGCAGGAUGCUGGGAGGUGGGAAAUGUUAGAUCACCAAGGGAUAUAGGCACAC